AUGCAUCGUAUGAGUUCACUCGGAGCAGCAGCACCUCCAAAUACCGAUGAAAUAAUACCAGAAAUCAAAGCACUGGAGUAUACAUACACUAGGUCUACAUUUACAUCAGCACCGACUAAAAGAGCGGAUUUGAAAAAGACAAAGAUUCCUUUUAUUAUAUCUACUACAAUCCUUCCUGUGAAUGAGCAGCCUGUUAAAAGAGUUGAGGUGAUACCUCGGUGUAAGGACUGCAGGGCGUACUUAAAUACAUACAGUGAGGUAAUACCACCUGGUUAUAAAUGGAGAUGUUCUAUAUGCAGAGUAGUUAACGACUCACCUUCUCCAUUGCAUUCAUACGGUGGGUCACUUCGUGUAUUUAGUCCAUCUGAGAAUACAGAGAAUAACAAGAGGGUGAGUACCAAUCCUAUUCUUACAGAGAGUAUUUUAGAAUUUGUCUCACCCUCAGAGAGGAACACUCCUCCACCGGCAUCUUUAAUGUUUUUGGUGGAGUGUACGUCUGAGACAAUUGAAAAGGGGAUAUUUAGUGCAGUGUUGCAUCAGAUAAGUGAAUCGCUUGAUUAUUUAAAUGAUCCUCACGAGCGGGCAACUAUUACAAUUAUACUUAUUUCUUCUGUUGUAGAAUUAGUCAGACUGAAUCAGCCAGAUCUUAUUGUAGAUAGAAUUAAUGAAGUGGAGGGGGCUUUACCUAUGCUAAUGGACACAGAAUACACAGCUAGAAUAAAAGACAUAAAAAAGGAUAUUUUAAGUAAAAUGUCUAAGAUAGAAGAGUAUGCACUGCAGUGUGUGCGUGAGCCUGGAAACAACUUCGGGCUGGCAUUAAAGCUAGUGAAGCACUUAUCGCAUAGAAGAGCAGAAGUAUUUGCAUUUUUAUCUACUCCCCCUUCUUUAAAGUCUGGUGCUAUUAUCAAACCUUCACUCAGUCUAAGACCGUGUAUGAGCUUUUAUGAGCACAUGGCGAAUUCACUGGUUGAGUCUAAUGUUUCUGUGAAUAUAUACGUACUUACCUCAAAGACUGUUGAAAUACCUGCUCUUCUUCCGCUGGUUGAGAAGACUGGUGGGUACAUUAAAUACUACCCUGCAUAUAUAGGCCAUUACACACAGGAUAAGGACGCACUGCGCUUAGACUUAAUGCAGCACCUAUCGCUAGACAAUGGAAAUAAUGCGUACUGCAGGGUGCGCGUUUCAAACGAAGUAGCCAUAAAGAAAUACUGGGGGGUAGAUGUGCAAAAUGACGGACUCAUUAGAUUAUCUAGGCUGUCUCGUGGUAAGACUAUAUCCUUUGAAAUAGAUUAUGAAGAUGAUUUGGUUUUGGAGGGGCUGACUGUCCAGAUAGCUACAAUUUAUACGAAUGUUAUUGGUGAGCGGAUUGUGCGUAUUUUAAAUUUUACAAUUGGACUCGGGCCCACAGCGAUUGAUAUCUUGGGGCUGGUUCAUGGAAUAACUUUAAAGGCUCUCGAUGCAGAAGUUGCACAGCGGGGCAUGGGCAUAAAAACAGUUCUGAAAAUGUCAAGUGAAGUGACGGAAUGUACCGGUUUAAUGGGGACUAUGUCAGUGUUCCCCAAUUUAAUACACGGUCUAAUUAAGAAUAAGGUAUUUAAGAAUGUAUCUUCUGAUUUAAGAGGUAUAACGUACUGGGCAUUAAUUGACGAACCAAUGAAAACAGUAGAUGCUAUAAUAUAUCCCACACUUGUCCGGCUAGAUACAGAUGUAAAUGAAUCUGAAAGUGACGAGGUUAUACUUCCCUCGCCCAUGCGCCUCUCUGGCAAUAUGGUUGGUGCGGAGGGCGUUUACUAUCUUGACUGUGGUAUAAUUGCGUAUGUGUUUAUAGGAAAUAACUCUUCCUGCAAUUUAUUUGAAGGCAUACAGGGCAGAGCAUCCAUUAACCCACAGGACAAGAAAUAUGAAAAAAUACGGAAUAUAAUGGAUUAUAUGGUAGAUGGUAGAAUAUCUGAUCCUGUGGUCUAUAUUGUACAGCAAGGUGGCCAUUCGUUCCUUUUAGAGGGUUUACAGUCUAUGCUUUUAGACGACGGUGCAUCCCCUGUAUCUGCUUCGUAUCAGGAAUACUAUAAUAGAUUUGUAGCAAAAGAGUAUUUAAAAUAAUCUGUUAUAAUAAAUAGUAUAAUACUGUUACUUACUGGUUUAUUUACUCAGCGGCCCAA